UGCUAUCAUGUCCUGGCGGUUGACAUGACCCGUCGUGUCUCGUAUAGUCUCUCUCUCUAUCUCUCUCUCUCUCUCUCUCUCUCUCUCUCGAGACCCAGACAGUGCCAGACACUGUUGGUCAACCCUCUCACCAUUUUACAUCUUCCCAUCUCGCGUUUUCACCAUAGCACAUCUUCAACUUUCUCUCACAUACUGCUCUCACACAUAUGUAGUUUCCAAUGCUGA